AUGAAUAAUUUACUUGAUCGUCAAAAUGUUCUCGAUAAUCUGACAGCAAUUGAAACCACUGCCAAACUACUUGUCAAUGCUUUGACGACGAGGCCCGACGAUACAGAAUUGAGCUUUAAUGAAGUUCAACAGGAGGAGCUAAUUCAUCAGUCACAAACGUUUCUCACCGAAGCACGACAAGAUGCUCAAUCUAUAUGUCCUAUAUGCGGCUUAAAUGCAAUUCAAAUCUAUGAUGAAUUAGUCACUGCUUAUGGACCAGAUGUAGUUUCAUAUCGUACAGUUGCUCGAUGGGUUCAACGAUUUUCAACAGAACAGCAGUCCUUGGAAAAUAAUCCUCGAAAUGGCCGUCCAGUAACCGUCAUUACUCAACAGAAUAUUGAUUCUGUCAAGGAUUUGGUGAAUGAUGACCCACAUAUUAGUAUCGAUUACAUAGCAAUGAUCUUGGAUAUAUCGCAUGGAAGUGUGCAUACCAUUCUUAAACAACAUCUUGGAUUAAGAAAAAUAACAUCAAGAUGGGUACCCCAUGCACUAACUGAACAACAAAAACAACGACGUGUUGAGAUUUGUACUGAAAAUUUGAGAAAAUUCGAAAAUGGUUCCUGGAGACUAUGUGAUAUAGUGACAGGAGAUGAAACAUGGAUCUAUCAUCGAAAAAUUAAAGCAAAAGAACAAUGCAAAGUAUGGGUUAGAAAAGACGAAAGUCCUGCAACAGAGGUUCGACGACAGCAAUACGAGAAGAAAACCAUGUUUAUUAUUUUUUUUUUGUCUACUGGCCCAUUAGUUGUUCAUGAAUUACCAUCUGGCAUGUCAAUUGAUGCUGUUUAUCAUCGUGAUGAAUGUUUAAAAAAGUUAAUCUCAAAAUUACGAAAGAAAAGACCGUUAUCAUUAACAAAAGGUAUUUAG